CGCUGGUCUCUAGUAGAAUAAUAAUGCGCUUGACAUCACCAUUAACAUUUCCUCCCUCACCAUCAUAUCUUUCUUUCCCAUCUCCGCUCCAUCAUUUCAUCUUCCAAGCUGCAGAUCCAAUCGUUCCCGACAUGGACUCCGACUUCCCUGCCGGCAAGUCACCUAGGCGAGAGCUCCUAGGCCCCCGCCCGGCACCGCUCAAGGUCCGCAAAGACUCCUACAAGAUCCGGAAGCCCCCCAUGGCCCCCCAGCAACAGCCGUCGCAGCAGCUGCCGGCCCCGCCCCGCCCGCCGGUCAUCAUCUACGCCGUGUCCCCGAAGGUCAUCCACACAAACCCUAGCGAUUUCAUGUCGCUAGUCCAGCGCCUCACCGGGGCGUCGUCCACGUACUUGCCAUCCCCGGUGGCCUCUGGUGGGGUGUCGCCGGCAGCACGGUUCGCGACGGUCGAGAAGGCGAAGCUGCCAGAAGGGAAGCAGAUCAGGGGCGGUGGGGACAUAUUGGAGGAGAUAGAAUCGAUGGGGCAAAUCGGUCAUGGUGGAGUGGUGGAGAGGACCGGGUCAAUACCAGGGAUCUUGUCGCCCGGGCCGGCCUCGCUCCAGCCGAUCCCCGCGACCUUCUUCUCGCCGCUGUCGGACCCGAACCCGCUGAGCUUCUUCCAUGACUUGAGCCCAGCUCUUCACAGCACCAAGAACCACUUCACGGAGAACAGUUUUUUGCUUCAGAGUCCAUCCCCAUUUAUCUCGCCUUGGAUAACUUCGCCUGCCCCAUCUCUAGAUUUUUUCAGUAAUUUCUUUGACUUGUAACACAACAGACUAGAACUAGGACAAACAUUUUAAAAACAUGGGUGGUUUAACCGUGGAAAUUGCUGUAAUUUCUCAACCUUUGUUGAGAUUAUAGAGAGAGUUUGAAUUGGAAUCGCAUUCGAUUCUUUAUUUGUGGCCAGCAAGUUGGAAGCUUGUGGCUUGGAUUUUGGUGUUGCUUUCUUUCAAUUUAGUAUGGUAGGCCAAUUGAUAGAUGAUGCGGCCAGUCCUGGCUGAAUAAAUUCAUUGUAAUAGCUACCGGUCCCCCUUUUGUCAUCCAAUUUUCUUCUUCUCUUUUGUUAUUUUGCAGGAGAUAUCAUUCGCAAAUGUUUGACACUAUGUGAUUAUACG